CGUCAUAGAGCUGGUACUACCGAGUGUUGAGAAGAAUAACAACAGCAUUUUGGUUGGUUGGACAGACUUGGAAAAUUAUUAAUGGAGGAAAACAUGCAGAUAGUUCCAGCAAGCUGCAAGAGCUUGGUUGAGGCACAAUAUGUAGAGAUGAAGGUUCCCCUUUAUUCUUAUGGCUGCCACAAGAAAAUCAAGGGGGCUUUAUCCCAUCUUAAAGGAAUAUACUCGAUAAAUGUGGAUUAUGAACAACAAAAGGUGACGGUGUGGGGAAUAUGCAACAAAAUGGACGUUCUCUCCAGCAUUCGGAGCAAGAGGAGAGCUGCCCGUUUCUGGACACCUGAUGAUGAUGCCAACUCCCAUCAUCAAUCGCUAGGACAUCAAGCCUUGGAUUUGGCAGAUGCCUUGCCUUCAGAUUCAAGCCCAACGGGCCGCCACCCACCCAAUCCAGCUGCUUUGGCCCUCAUUAAAUUCAAAGCCCCAUCACUCGGUUGGAAAUCUUGGAAGAAAAUCUUCAUCAGAUCCUACUCUUUUUCAUAACUCGCACAUUAAUUUGUCACACUCUAGUUAUAGUAAUGUGCAUUUUUUGGGUUUUUUCCUGCAGCACUCCAAUUGAAUUAAGUUUAACCUAGUACGGAGGAGUAGUUUAUAAUUAUUACUAGUUUAUUACUACUUGAAGGCGUUGUGGCUUUGUAAGAAAUUAGAAGUCGCCUUACAUCAUUUGAGUCCAC